CCGGAAGCCACGCAGAGCCACGUCUGCGGUCCGGGCGCUGGCGCUGGGGUUCUGGCUGCAGUGAGGAAGCAGGUCUAGGCGAAGGAGGGAAGGAGGCUUCGGGCGGAGACAUGGAUUUAGGUGCCGUUACCCAGCGUUCAGCAUUACAUGCCAAGCCCAGUGGACUUGUUCUUCAGUAUGGGACUGCUGGAUUUCGAGCACACGCAGGGCAUCUUGAUCACAUCAUGUACCGCAUGGGAUUGUUAGCGGUCCUGAGGUCAAAACAGACGAAGUCCACCAUAGGAGUCAUGGUCACAGCCUCACACAAUCCUGAGGAAGACAAUGGUGUGAAGUUAAUCGACCCUUUGGGAGAGAUGCUGGCGCCGUCGUGGGAGGAGCACGCCACACGCCUGGCCAAUGCCGAGGAGCAGGAGCUGCCGAGAGAGCUUGUGGGCAUCAGCGAGAGGGAAGCUGUGGACCUGCAGCAGGAUGCCUUUGUGGUUGUAGGGAGGGAUACCAGAGCCAGCAGUGAGAAGUUUUCACAGUCCGUAAUAGAUGGAGUAACUGCUUUAGGAGGCCUCUUCCAUGAUUACGGCUUACUAACAACACCCCAGCUGCACUACAUGGUGUACUGUCGAAACACCGGCGGCCAGUACGGAAAGGCAACCGUAGAAGGUUACUACCAGAAACUUUCUAAGGCUUUUGUGGAGCUUACCAAACAGGCUUCCUGCAGUGGAGACGAACACAGGACACUUAAAGUUGACUGUGCCAAUGGUAUAGGGGCUCUGAAGCUAAAGGAGAUGCAACAGUACUUCUCGCAGGGACUGUCUGUUCAGCUGUUUAAUGAUGGGACCAAAGGGAAGCUCAACCAUUUGUGUGGGGCUGACUUCGUGAAAAGCCACCAGAAACCUCCAGAGGGAAUGGAAAUGAAGUCUAAUGAAAGAUGCUGUUCCUUUGAUGGAGAUGCUGACAGAAUUGUGUACUACUAUCGGGAUGCUGAUGGCCAGUUUCACCUCAUAGACGGAGACAAGAUAGCAACGUUGGUUAGCAGCUUCCUUAAAGAUCUCCUGGUGGAGAUUGGAGAAAAUUUCAAUGUUGGUGUUGUGCAAACUGCAUAUGCAAAUGGAAGUUCAACGCGGUAUCUUCAAGAAGUUAUGAAGGUGCCCGUAUACUGCACUAAAACUGGCGUGAAACACUUGCAUCACAAGGCUCAAGAGUUUGACAUUGGAGUUUAUUUUGAAGCAAAUGGACACGGCACAGCCUUGUUUAGUAAAGCCGUGGAAAUGAAAAUAAAACAACUAGCAAAAGAAUUAGAAGAUAAUAAAGGAAAAGCUGCUAAGAUGCUUGCAAAUGUCAUUGACUUGUUUAACCAGGCAGCUGGUGACGCCAUCUCGGACAUGCUGGUGAUUGAGGCGAUCCUGGCACUGAAGGGCCUCACGGCGCAGCAGUGGGAUGCGCUCUACAGGGAUCUUCCGAACAGGCAACUCAAAGUGAAGGUUGCAGACAGGAGAGUCAUCAGCACCACAGAUGCCGAGCGGCAGGUGCUCACGCCGCCUGGACUGCAGGAGGUGAUCAGCGACCUGGUGAAGCAGUACCGGCUCUCGCGCGCUUUUGUCCGGCCCUCGGGCACGGAGGACGUCAUCCGAGUGUAUGCCGAAGCGGACUCACAGGCAAAUGCAGACAGCCUCGCCCAUGAAGUGAGCCUGGCGGUGUUUCAGCUGGCCGGAGGCACUGGAGAAAGACCCACGUCAGGUCUCUGCGGAUAACGUUCAUCUUCUGAAAACUGGACUUUUGAAAAGCUUUUACAAAACUAACAACAUUCAUAAUCAUGUUUACAUGCACCUUAUUGGAUUGUUUCUAAUCUUUUUUUCCUAAACACUACUAGAAUUUUUUUUUUUUUAGAAAUAGGUAAGCUUUUUAUGCUUAUUUUACCUCUGAUUUUAGUCUAAUAUAAAAUAUUGGCACUU